AUGUCUGUAGUUCCUUUUCGUAGAAUAUUACCGACUACUCGCUUAAUCAGAUCACCGCUACCACCUCGGUAUCUAUACUGUCCGGGAUGUCGUUACCCAUUUUCUUCAUUGCUUGCAAAAAGUAAAAAAGAUGGCAGGCUGCAAAUCUUGUCAAAGGCACACAGUACAGACGCCGGCUCGGUGCAAGCAGAAUCACUUUAUCGACAAAGAUCUGCCGCAACGUACGAUGAUAUAUCAGACGACGUAGCGCUGUCUACAUUUGGCCCAAUGUCUAGUUACAGGAAUAUAGUGGCAUCUGGGAUGGUGAGAGAAGAUGAAUUCCAGCGAGGUGUCGUUCAAAUUCUUCAGAAUUUACACGAUCGUCUGCAGACAUAUGACCCGCCACUUAUACCCAUUGAAACGAAUGCAGACGACAAGAACUCUAUCUUAUCCAAGUUAUCCAGAUUAUUCUCAAUACAACCGAAUCUGUUUCCGGAAAAUAGGCCCAAGGGAAUAUAUUUAUAUGGAGGGGUUGGAGCAGGAAAAACAAUGUUAAUGGAUCUAUUUUAUAAUACGCUUUCGACAAAAAGAAAGCGACGAGUCCACUUCCAUCCCUUUAUGCUGGACGUCCAUGCACGCGUGCAUAAAUUAAAGCAAAUGAAUUCAGAGACUUACGACCCACUACCGUCAAUUGCAAACGAGCUGGCAAACGAAUCGAUAGUUCUCUGCCUGGAUGAAUUUCAAGUCACAGAUAUUGCGGAUGCAAUGAUUCUCCGACGUUUGCUCAAAAAGCUUUUCGAUCGCGGUGUCGUCUUGGUCACAACCUCAAAUCGCCCUCCAGACGACCUCUAUAAAAAUGGCAUCCAACGAAAGUCCUUCCUUCCGUGUAUAGAUCUCAUCAAAGAAUGUUGUCACGUGCAAAAUCUCGAUUCGGGUACCGACUAUCGGAAACUCACCAAAAAUUUGAUGAAGCUGUACUUUACGCCAUUAGGAGAACAGUCGACAAGAGAGAUUGAGGAACUUUUUUCGAUGCUGACCGUGGGAAGACAAGUCGAACAGCAUAAACUGGAUUUUUGGGGACGGUCCUUGAUCGUGCCUCAGGCAGUGGGAGUCGUAGCAAAGUUUUCUUUUGAAGAAUUGUGUAAGAUGCCUUUGAGUGCGGCGGAUUAUUUAGAGUUGGUGAGGCAUUACAAGACAAUAUUUGUGACUGAUAUCCCGAGGAUGACUUUGGCCAUGAGGAAUGAAGCAAGGAGAUUCAUCACGUUUAUCGAUGCAAUCUAUGACACCAGAACGACGCUCAUAUGCUCAGCUGAAGUGCCAAUCACCGAGCUCUUUACGACUGAAGAAGACUCGAAUCCUCUCGAGGACCAUCAUAGAGCCCUAAUGGACGAUCUGGAUCUUCAUGGUCAUGAACACAAGGCCAACCCGAUAUUCACGGGUGAAGAGGAGAUAUUUGCUUUCGAAAGAGCAGUAUCGAGGGUUAUCGAGAUGCAAGGAAUAAACUGGGUCAGACCCACUUUACGAGGAUUCGAUCUAUGA